AUGAAGGUGGUGGCGCUGGACGCUGGUGGAGCCACGCUCAAGGCGUCUGUGGUGGCUCCAGGCGUGACUCCGACCGCGUCGAUUCUUCCAAACCACGUAGCAUCGACGUCUGCAAACCCAUCGGCGGUCUAUAUGGGCCAGAAAUUGCAGGAGCUCGAGCACCAGCGCGCAAAGUUGCGCUACUUGCGGCCAGUGCAGAGGGGUUACUGUGUCAACUGGAACGUUGAGUUGGAGCUGUGGGCACACUUAAUGUCCAGCGAAAUGCUGAAGGUGGACCCGUCUGAGCACGCGCUAGUGGUUACAGCUCCGCUUCUGGCACCUGCAGUCGUGAAUGAGAGCAUGGACCAGGUAGUUUUCGAGGAGUUGGGCUUCCAGGCGUACGCUCGAGUGAGUGCAGCGGAGAGCUGCGUGCUCUCGUACUCUGAGCACUGCGAACGUGAAUAUCAGGCGAGUCUUGUAGCGAACAAGAUGCCGGAGAUAAAAAGUCCUGGCAGGAAGCGACAGAAAAUAACGAAGAGAUCGGAGCCACCGACGUCGCCUGCAGUGGUGGACGAAGAAGACCCGCUGCGGUUCUCGACGUCAUCGUGUCAUCUCGUGGUGGACUCGGGGUUGUCGUUCACACACGUGGUGCCAGUGAUCGACGGGAAGGUUUAUUUACCGGGUGUGAGACGGAUUAAUGUCGGUGGGAAGCUGCUCACCAAUUACUUGAAGGAGAUCGUGUCCUACAGACAGUGGAACGUCAUGGACGACACGCCUGUGAUCAACGAACUGAAGGAGGUGCUGUGCUUUUGCUCGAUGGAGUUUGAGAGCGACAUUAAGCGGUAUCAUUCGGAUCGACAGGAGCGGAAGCAUUGGGUGUUGCCAGACUUUGUGCGUUCUUUUACAGGACGCUGCAGGGAAGACGAGAUGGAAGAGGACGUUGAGACACAGACUGAUGAGCAGCAAUCGGUGCGACAGAACGAUGAUGAACAGGCUCUGGAAAUGGGCGUCGAAAUGGUCGCAGUGCCGGAAGUUUUGUUCCAUCCGUCGGAUAUUGGCAUUAACCAGGCAGGAAUCGCCGAGACGAUCGUGCAGGCUGUUGGGGCGUGUCCAGAAGAGCUCUCAGGUGCCUUUUACGCCAACAUGUUACUGGUCGGUGGAAACUCAAAGUUCAAGAACUUCCGACAGCGUCUUGAGCGCGAUCUGAGGUCACUAGUACCGGAUGAUUUUGACAUUGGCCUGCACGAACCUUCAGAGUGA